GCCCCGACAUCAGUAUCAAACUCUUUUCCGCUGCUCGUCCUUACUAUACCUCAUAACACUCGAACGCAAGCUUUGCGAACGAGCGUCAUUGGACGGCCAGAACAAGGGAGCGGGGUUUGAUGACAGCUAGAAGCGUUUGACCCCGCCCACAUUGGCCGCUGCCGGCCGGCUAAUAGAAAGGAGCGAUCUCGGUGUGUGCGGUUGAUCAUGUGGGUGUUCGGUUACGGCUCCCUCAUCUGGAAGGUGGACUUCCCGUACGAGGAGAAGCUGGUGGGCUACAUCACGUGUUACAGCAGGAGGUUCUGGCAGGGCAGCACCGACCACCGGGGGGUCCCGGGCAAGCCUGGAAGAGUUGUCACUCUUGUUGAAGAUCCGGAGGGCUGUGUAUGGGGUGUUGCAUACAGACUCCCAGAAGGAAAGGAGGAAGAAGUAAAGGCCUACCUUGACUUUAGAGAGAAAGGAGGCUACCGGACUACGACUGUUGUCUUUUACCCAAAGGAUCCUUCAAUAAAACCAUUCAAUGUGCUUCUGUAUAUCGGAACCUGUGAUAACCCCAAUUACCUCGGACCUGCUCCCUUAGAAGACAUCGCUGAACAGAUUUUUAAUGCUGUCGGGCCUAGUGGGAAAAAUACCGAAUACCUGUUCGAACUUGCAGAUUCACUCAGGAGCCUCGUACCAGAAGACGCAGACGAGCACCUUUUUUCCUUAGAAAAGUUAGUGAGGGAACUUUUGGAGAGACACCAAAAUGUAAAUUGUAUAUAAAUUGUUUCCCCUUCAUACCUAGGAAUGGAGACAAGUACAACAAUGUGUCCUGCUUUUAUUUAUGCAUUGCUAAGUAUUUAUUGGGAUAUUUCUAUUUUAUAUGAAAUUGUUUUAGUGCUUUUUUUUUUCCUUAAUGAACAUAAAACCC